UUAUUUCCAAUAAGCAACAAAAAAAAAAUUCUGUGAAUCUUAAAAACAUUAAUUAAAUUAUCAUGGAAGUAGCUGACGAACUUGAGGAUCAAUUAUCUGAAAUUAACUUUGUUCCUUGCGUCAAAUUUGUUAAGAGAGGAGUUGCAAGUGCUAGGAAUAUUGCAGAUGGUGUUAAGCCUAAUGUUAAUCCGCAAGUGUUUCAAGAAUUGAUGGGUGGACCGUCAGGAACACAGCAAGAGAUAGAUGACGAUGAAAGUGGAUCUGAUCUAGAAAAUCAAGAUAAUUCAGAUAUAGAACAGCUACCUGCUGUAAAAGAUCAAAAUGACGAGUAUAAUUUUGAUGAUUAUGACAACGAAAAAGCAGAACCAGCACUUAAAAUGUCAGAUAUUGUUGAGGUGACCGAAAAUGAUGAAAUAGCUGACGACGAAAAUGAUUCUGAGGCAGAAGACGAUACAAUUAAGCCAACGGAUAAUUUAGUGCUCGUUGGACGUGUUGAGGCUGACUGUUCCUCAAUGGAAGUUUAUGUAUUUAAUGAGGAAGAAAAUUCUCUUUAUGUCCACCAUGAUUUUUUAUUGCCAUUCCAUAUUUUGUGCGUUGAAUGGUUCAGCUAUGAUGCUGGAAGUGAAACAGCUGGAAAUUUAUGUGCUAUAGGCGGUAUGGAACCUAUUAUUCAUGUCUAUGACUUAGAUAUUCAUCAUCCAUUAGAGCCAGUUGUAACUUUAGGAAAGAAAGGAAGUAAAAAGAAAGGUACAAAAAGAGUUGGACAUAAAGAUGCAGUUUUAGAUUUAGCUUGGAACUCAAAUUAUCAGCAUAUAAUGGCUAGUGCUUCUGUCGACCAAACAGUCAUUCUUUGGGAUCUUGAACAUACAUCACCAUCUACAAUUCUUAAAGAUUUUGCAGAAAAAGUACAGACAAUAGAGUUUAAUGCAUCAGAAGCUGAAUAUUUGCUCACUGGAUGUAGCGAUAAUACAGUAAAGCUAUUUGACUGUAGACAAAGCAACGAUGAGAAUGCACAAUAUAAGAAAUGGAUAAUAGAAGGUGAAGUAGAAAAGGUUAAAUGGAAUCCAUCACAAAAGUAUCAUUUUGUGGCAGGAACUAAUGCUGGAAAGAUAUAUUACUUUGAUUCAAGAGCAACCGAACCAUUGUGGGUUAUAGAAGCUCAUGAAAAAGAAGUCACAGAUUUUGGAUUUAAUCCAAAGGUUCCAAACUUCUUAGCCACAUCCUCCACAGAUAAUCACUUGAAAGUAUGGAAUUUCAACGAAACUUCAUGUGAUGUUGUCCAUAGUCAGCACUGUAAAGUCGGCAAAGUUCAUUCCCUUGAUCCAUGUCCAGAAAAUGGUUUCCUGCUUGCUGUUGGCGGUGAUAAAAGGAAGAAGAAUUUCAAUGUUGCAAAUCUACUUGACUAUGAUGAUAUUAAGCAGGCAUUUACAAAUGAGCCUGUAAUAAGUCAAGGAUCGAAAAUGGAAGACGAUGAUGAUGAUUAAAACUUUUUAUUAUUAUCGUUUUUAUAUAUAUUCAAUUAUUUCAUACAAGUCCAUAAUAAACAUUUCUUUUCCUUCUUUAAAGUUAUAAGGAAAAGAGAAACCGCGAUUAAAAAAUAACUAAUGUAAAGAAAAGCAAAGAAUAAGAAGAGAAUUUAUAAUGAACUAUGUUUUAUACUUAAUGCUACAUGUUUUAGUCAACAUUCUUAGCUGAAAACUCGAUAAUUUCUUGAAGACAUCGACUAAAUUCUUCGAGAAUCAUUUUUUCAGCUUCUUUUUUGGGCGCACUCAUUUUCUCACAUUCUUCAGCUUGUGCAAUCAUACAUUGAACAGUCGCCUCUAUAACAUCCUGAGUCAUGAAAUUGUACGGUUUCUUUACUAGCUCAUUCAAGUCUGUUACUUUCUUAAGUGCUGCCAAGUUCUUCUCAUAAAUUUCCUCGCUAAAUUGACCUCGCUUCCCGCAUUGUUUCAAGUAUUGCAGUUCCAUUUCCAUUUUCUCGUCUAUGUCGUCAACGUUCUUGCAGCCUAUAAUAAUCCCUUCCAUAAACAUCCACAUCAAUUUUAAACUGUUAAAAUAAGCUUACCUAAACAACGACAAUUUGCAGAACACGAAAUUUUUGCCUCGUAGCACUCGCAAUAAUUUUUUAAGCAGCCUGAACGCUUACAAUUGCAACCACGUUGAUGAAGACGUUGCUGUUCCUCGGUAGCUUCUUUUGAUCUAUAGAAAUUAUUUUAAAUUCAAAUUAAAUUGUGAAAUUUUUUUAAAAGUUUGAUGCUUUCGCAAUG